AUGCCUCCGGCCGGCGGCUCCAGAGCGCCGCGUCCCGCCGCGCUGCCCCGCAGCCUGUCCCGCCUGCGCGAGUGCCCGGGCCGCUCCCGCAUCGUGCUGGCGCUCGGGGCCACGCAGAUGGCGCUCGGAUGCCUCAUCGUGGCAGUCAGCUUCGCCGCGCUGGCGCUCACCACCUCGGCCCGCGUCCGCCACUCCUGCCCCUUCUGGGCAGGCUUCUCGGUGCUGCUGUCCGGACUCAUAGGUGUCGUCUCCUGGAAGAGGCCUCUCUCGCUCGUGAUAACCUUUUUCAUGCUGCUUUCUGCAGUGUGUGUAAUGCUGAAUUUGGCUGGUUCAAUUCUCUCUUGUCAGAAUGCUCAGCUAGUCAACUCCCUAGAAGGCUGCCAGUUGAUUAAGUUUGACAGUGUGGAGGUGUGUGUCUGCUGUGAGCUGCAGCACCAGUCGUCCGGCUGCAGCAACCUCGGGGAGACGCUGAAGCUGAACCCGCUGCAGGAGAACUGCAACGCUGUGAGGCUGACCUUGAAGGAUCUCCUCUUCAGCGUGUGCGCCCUCAACGUCCUGUCCACCAUCGUGUGUGCGCUGGCCACAGCCAUGUGCUGUAUGCAGAUGGUCUCCUCUGACGUCCUGCAGAUGUUCCUUCCGCAGAGGUCACAUCCGGCCAACCCCGCCUGCGUGACUCCUCAUGGCAUCGUUCUCCACCAGACCCUGGAUUUCGAUGAGUUCGUCCCCCCACUCCCGCCUCCACCCUAUUACCCACCAGAGUACACCUGCACACCCUCCGCCGAGGCCCCGAGGGGCCUCCACCUGGACUUUGCUCCGUCUCCAUUCAGCACUUUGUAUGACGAGGCCAUCAACAGCCCCGGCCUGCUCUAUCCUGCUGAGCUCCCCCCUCCAUAUGAGGCGGUGGUGGGCCAGCCUCCUCCCAGCCAGGUUACAAGUAUAGAUCAACAGGUGGUCGAGUCCAGCUCCGGGGACCCAAACACCAGUGCUGGCUUCAGCACUCCAGUACCAGCUGACAGCACAAGCCUCCUGGUGUCUGAGGGCAUCGCUACGCCAGGUUCCAGCCCAUCCCCCGAUGGCCCUGUGGGUGCCUCAGCACCCUCCGAAUCUGCCCUUCACCCUGGCUGCGUGUCUCCAGAGGAUCCUGGCAUGGGCUCGCAGGUGCAGCCAGGUCCCGGGCGUGUAUCCCGCUCUACCAGUGACCCCACCUCGUGCACAUCUGGCACGGCAGGUGAUGCCUCUUCACACAACCCGUCGUGUAGCCAGGACCUGGAAGCGGGACUGUCUGAGGCUGUGCCGGGGAGCGCUCUCAUGUCUCACUCUGCCACGGCUGCCUGUCGGGCCCAGCUUUCACCAGCGGGGGACCCAGAUACCUGGAAAGUUGACCGACGGCCAACACCAGAGCCCUUCCUGGCAGCCUCCAAAGAGCGGCCGUGCUCUUUAGUGGACAGCAAAGCCUAUGCGGACGCCAGGGUUUUGGUGGCUAAGUUUUUGGAACACUCACACUGUGCCCUCCCCACCGAGGCACAACACAUGGUGGGUGCCAUGUGCUUGGCCGUCACCAACGAGGAGUGCCUCGAGGAGGAGGCCGUCUUCGGCGCUGGCGUUCUGGACCAGGUAUGAAGGAGCCACGAGUCUGACCGUGGACACCAAUGGGCCUGGCGCCACAGAUGGUCUUGCCAGAAGCCAUCUUGCCUGACAGAGGCCUUCAGGCCCAGCUUGGCUGAGGACACUUGGGGCGGGGGGGAGACACCCAGGAUGUCUGGGGGUGCGUGGGCAGGGAACGGUCACUCCCUCUCUUGAGGGGAGCCGAGCGGUCGUCGCCCUGUGGAUCGCGUUUCCUGCCGAGCGGUCGUCGCCCCUGUGGAUCGCGUUUCCUGCCGAGCGGUCGUCGCCCUUUGGAUCGCGUUUCCUGCCUAGCCCAGUAACUCGGAAGGAUGACUCUCAUGUCCACAGUGAACUCUGGUUUUAUCUGGCGUGCAGCGCCUUGAACUGAGCAGUGCUGCACAAACGUGAAUACAGCAACAGGCGACACUUAGGUCACCUAAAGACUCGAAGUAUCUCCAAAAUCAGGGCCAUCCAAAGCAGGAGUUUCCCGUCCCUCAUUUAACUUAGUGUUCAGGGGACAGAGGGUGACAUCGAGUCAUGAGACAUUUUCUCAUGUGGCUCGAUGGCUCUAUCAUUAAACAUUCAUCACGCUCUGGCCUAUUUCCUAUGAAAGGAAAUAGGUAGCGUUAGCACAGAUGGCAGCCUGCGCCGAACUUUCUGUCCACAGGGCUACUGUGCAAGCAAAUGUACAGUGGGGGCCUCUGCCGUAGCCUGGCCACCCCAGGGGACAGGCCGGUGUUGCAGAGGGUUGGAGGAACCCACCAUCUCCUGGGCCUCGAGCUUGGCCUCCCUCCAUGGGGUGCCUCCCCCACCUCCUCCCGGGCCCCCUUUCUUCAGGCUCCCAUCCUGUCCCUGGCGCAGACCUGAUUCGGUUGUUUGGUCCAUAACAGUAAGCGCCGAUUCCCAGCUCCUUUGGGGCUCUCCCUUGUGUCUGAGCUCACCUGAUUGAGCUCGGUGGGUCCAGUUCUGAGGGAGAGAGGCCGGUUUCUCUGGAAAGUGGCCCCUUCUGAUAAAGCAGAUCCCUGUGACCCAGAGCUGAUCUUCCCCCGGGCAGGCAGCAGCAGACAGACACACCUGCGCAGGAGGAUCAUCAACCACCUACAAACCCACGCGAAACGGAAGAGACACCCGCCAUGCUGCUUGUGCAGAAGCAGGCAUGCCCAGCUUGGGGGCAGCUUGGGGACC